AUGAUGAAAGCCUGGCAAUUGGUCGAUAUUAAUGGUGAAGUGAUCAACGAAGAAGAUAUUUCAAGUGUGGGUUCUGAUUGGUCAUUCAUGCAAUUCGAUCGGGAUGAUGGAUAUCCAAGUCGCCCACAUUCGAUAGCUGGUCGACGAUCAGAUACUGAAGUUGAGCAUGAAUCUCGUUCACCUUCUGCGAACAGUGAUUAUAACUGUUAUAGCUCUCAUUGUAGUCUAGACAGAUAUAAUGAGCCUCCCGUAAGAUCGAAAAAUACUAACAAAUCAAAAAACAAACAUUUGUCAGGGAGUAUUCCUGGAAAUACACCAAUUCCUAUAACAUCAAAAACCGAAGUAUUAAAAUCUCAUCCACGUAAUGGAUUACGACCUGGUCAUAUACAUCAGUCCUCCGCUAGAAAUUCCAAUGGAACACGUCAAAUGUUGGCACGUUGGAAUGCUUGUCAUAAACAAAAUAAUCAUACAAACCUAUGCGUUGAUUCUCAACGUUCCAAAUGUUUACGCCGUGGUCCAUUAAUUAAUCACGGUUUUCAACGUCGUCAAGUUCGUAUGGGCAACGGUGGUCAUAUACCUCAUCAAAGAAGUUAAUAAAAAAUCAAGAAAUUAAUUGAUUUUUGUGAUAUUUUGCUCCUACAACAUUGUAAUAGCGGAUAUUUGGUGUUCAGUUUGUUUGUCACAUUGAUAUUAGUGGCAAUAAGAACUUACAUGUGAUUCUUUUAAAUUACUUAGUGUCUUAGUGUUAUACAUAAGAAAAAAUAAACACAAAAAUAUGCACUCAGUCAACAGCUAUAUUCUAUAUUAAAUUUUAGUUAUAUUACUCAUUUUUUGUGUGUUCUAUCUGGGUUUUUUUUAUCCGGAAUAUUCAUAGUUUCCUUCUGCAGAUAUACUAGUCACAUUCUAAUGACUGCUACAUUUAAACUUACUCCCCACAUGUAACCCCUAAAAGCUACAUAUUUAUAUUUGGCUUACAGACAUGGGUUAUGAAAAUGACUUCUCUCAGUUAUAAUAUUUAUGAUAUUUUGUCCUAUUGGUUUUUUCCCCAUUAUUUGUUUAUAUUUGUGUGUUAGUUUAUUAUAUUACCAUAUUUGAUGUAAUUGUAAUAUGUUUACUGGUUAGUAGUAUAUUUUUAAUAAUUUGUUCGAAUUGCUUUCUAAUACAUAUAUAUAUUUAUUCUAUGGAUUUUCAUAUUUCCAUUUGUAUCUAUAUGCAGUUGGAAUAUAUGGUAAUUAGUCUCUUUUAUUUUCAUGUGUUCUUGCUGUAUCCACUGAUGUUUGUUUAAUUUAGUACUCUUCUGUUGUUGUUUUUUUUACUGUCUUCACUUUUAAGACAGUUUGCUCAAAUUAUACAAUAUUUA